UAAAAAAGAAGAGGAAGAAGAAGACGGAAAAAGAAGCGAAGAAGAAAAAGAAACAAGAAGUAGAAGAAAAAACGGGAAGAAGAAAAAAAGAAACCUAAGAAGAAGACGACGAAGGAGAAAACACGAAGAUGAAAAAACAAGAAGAAAAAGAAACCCAAGAAGAAGACGACGAAGGAGAAAACAAGAAGAAGAAAAAACAAGAAGAAGAAGAAGAAGAAAAAGAAACACACGAAGAAGACGACGAAGGCGAAAACAAGAAAAAGAAACCCAGGAAGAAGACGACGAAGGGAAACGCAAGAAGAAGAAAAACCAAGAAGAAGAACAAGGAGAACGUUAGUACCGCUUCCAGUCACGGUGACACAGCGUCUGUCCACAGCCGGCAGAUGCUAAUCUGUUAGCUUAGUUAGCCGUCGCCGAUAGAUUUAGCCACCCGCCGCCUUUAACUUGUCCGCUGUUGGACUUUUUGUCGUUGUUGAGGUUGAUUUGUGGACCUAAUCUAGGCUUGCUGAGUUGGUGUUAGCUCGCCGGCUUGCGGUUGUGAAUUCGUUGCCAUAGGGUUGCUGUCUGAAUAAUGGACCAGAACGUCUCGGCUCAUCCUGUCAGGCUCUAUGUUUACGACCUGUCCAGGGGUAUGGCCCGGCAGCUCAGCCCUCUCAUGCUAGGGAAGCAGCUGGACGGAGUGUGGCACACUGCCAUUGUGGUCCACGGAGAGGAGUUCUUCUAUGGGGGAGUGGGUAUUUCCAAUUGCCCACCUGGUGGGACCCAGCUAGGGGAGCCCAACUCCAUAGUGGACCUGGGCUUCACAGAGGUGACAGAGGAGAUCUUCAUGGAGUACCUGUCUUCGCUCGGAGAGUCCAGCUACAGAGGGGACAGGUAUCACUUAUUUGAGCACAACUGCAACACGUUCAGUAACGAGGUGGCCCAAUUCCUCACGGGCAACAAGAUUCCGUCUUACAUCACAGACCUGCCGUCUGAAGUACUGUCCACGCCAUUCGGCCAGGCCCUGCGCCCAUUCUUGGACUCCAUCACCAUAUCGCCUCCCGGAGGCAACAGCUUCACUAACCGAGACAGGCCAGAUUCUGCACAGUAAUAUAGUCAAAACAUAUAAAAGUCUGUUAAUCUAAGAGGUGGGGUUCAGGUGGCCAAAUAAUCACCAGCCGGCCAAAUGAAUAUCCUUUUUUUUUUUUUUUUUCAUUCCUUCUUUUCCUGUGGCUGUAACUUUUGCAUCAUAUCCAAUGUAUUACCACUUUGACUGGUGAAUAACUGCUAUUUGGAGGUCUUUUUGUAUCCUGAAGAUCUAGUUUUCAUUUAAACAUUGAAAGUGGCCAGUGAGGUGUACCAGCAUCAUUGGCUGUGAUGGAGCUCACAUCUGCGGCUUUGGCUUUGUGUUUGUGUUCACAACGUCCAGCAAAAGGAUCAGCGAUAAUCUCUGGUUGUCCGUCUGAUCAUCUUCUGUGAUCCUGAAAGAUAAAACUAAUCCUUUACUGGCACCAGUUUUCCCGAGACUUUGUGAAUGCAAACCCUUUGUCCGCUGAUGAAGCGCUCCAUUGCGUCAGCCAUUUAAAGAGGUCCAAUGAGCGGCCUUGUCCAGAAAUAAAGGAUAAAUCUUUGGUUGUCAUGCAGGGUCGGACAUAAGAGGAUGACAGCUGCAUGCUGACAUUUUUUUUAGCUUCUAAGGGUAAAAAAACAACAACUGUUGAUUCUAUACUCAUGUGAAAUAUUUCUCACUGUGCAACUGUCGGAUGCUUUGUCCGGUUUUGCACUCGACGUUGAUCCGUCCUCGAUUUUUCUGGUCCUUGACUGUAUGCUUACCUGACUUCUAACCUUACCAGUAUGAUACCAGCAAAGCCUGAGUGAUCUUACCAUACCCCGGCCUUAACGUGAUCUUACCAGACUCGAGACAUGUCUUUCACACUUUCCUUCAUCACAUGUGCAAUGUGACCGGAGUAAUGUCAUCAUAUGUGUAACCGUGGGGCAGCUAUUGGAGCCACGUGCUUGUGAGGACCAUGGCCAGGUGUUUUGCCAUGGUUUCCCUUUUAACCUUCUUUUAGCCUGUGUAUACCUUCACGGUAACUUGGUGAGACUAUCCCAAGAUUCAUACUGGAACUUGUUGAUUUCUUGGAACACCUCCCAGGAAUGCUGUUUUUUCCUAUCGGGAACAUUAUUUAUUAGAACUAGUCAUGACCUGACUGCUCAUGACGCAAAGACCUCCAGCGAUAAGCCCCCAUGUAUGUAUAUUUUAACUUAAUGUUCAUAGCUCAUGUAAUUAUUUAUCAGAUAACGUGGACCUUCAGUGAUAAUUUAUACCUGUAGGUCAUUUCCUCGCUCUUAAACUGAGGGUAAUAUGAAUGUAAACCCUUUUUUAAAAAAAAUUCUGGGCAGCAGACACGGAGCCGUUUGGCCCGUUGCUCGACAGGAGUGGUGCAGAGGGCAGUAUGCUGUGGGAUACCUACUAACUAGGGUUUAAUGUAGUAUUCUGCUCUUCUUUUCUUUCUGUUUUUGUUUUCUUGAGACCAUUAACCUCAGCCCUGCCGCCUUUCCGCCCGGCAUCACCGAGUCCCUGUGGAUCUUGGCUCAUCGGUUUUAAUCGGAGGGGGGAAGUGAUGCGUGAAAUCCAUCAGGAAAUGCAGCCUAAGAAGUGAAAGUCUCAGAGAUGCACGUUGGCCGAUUUAUUACAAAGCGUCGAUAAAUAAGUGCCGCCUGUUCGAUGCCCACGUUUUAACAAGCUGAACAAAAACAAAGGUGGGAUUCGGGUGAAAUCCGUUAAAUGGCAUCCGGACAUGAGCGCCAUGCGUGCCAAUGCUAGGUAUAAGGAAAGGCCUCCUGUUCAUUGUUUUGUUUUAUUUUUGUGUGAUUUUUUUUUUUUCUUCUUCUUUCUACACGGUCAGUACUGUGACUCGCCGACACUCCAGGGAAAGACUAGAAGUAGAUGAAAGUACGAAGGACGCAAAGAGUUUUAUCUAAAAGACGUGCGGUAACAGCCCGGGUACGUGUGUGUAUGGGAAAACACGGUGUCACCAAACCGUGACCGGCGUGAAGGUGUCGGGACUUUAUCAAACGUCUGUGUCCCGUCUCGGCACGCACUCAGGAACCUCUUACGACCACGGCGAUGUGUUGUUGUUGUUGUUUUUUUAAACGAUGGUGAACCACUUUCUAGAAACUUGUCUUGACGGAGGACUUGUGCUGCUUUUUUCAGUCCGCAACGACUUGGAUCUGGGGAAUAGCCGAGAAAACACGGAAUAUAGCUGACAGGUGCUUGGUGGGUCAGUCGUGCGGUGGAGCCGGGCAUAGGAAAUGAUGUCUGUAGAACGUGACCUAACCACACAUCCACCUUCACCACAUUUUGUUUUGUGGCCAUCAGUUCCUCCUCUAGGAAAAGAUCUUUCAUGGCAGCAUUCUCUUUAUUUAUUACAGUUUUAGGACAAACCAUUUCCCCCUCUUCAUUGUGAUUCUUAAAUGUUUGUAUUGUUGCUGCAAUUGUAAGAUAACAGGAAAGUAUAUUUCACGUUUGUUAUUUUGAUCCAGCUCCUAUAUUAAAAUAUGCUUUGUUAUUACU